CUAUCGUACUUGUAUGUUGCGUUAACCGGUGUCGCACAUGGUCGCACACGCGGAUGUAUGUAUGUUACAUACUACAAACUAUUGUAAAUUACACAAUUGUCAUACGUCUACGUUAAUCUUUCGCGAAGAUUUUCGUAUUUCUCGUUAGAAUUAUUAUAGUUAUCUCACUUGUCCAACAAAAUGGGUGUAGAUAAACCAGUGGAGUGCCCUCCAAUAGGAGAUGAGAUGUCUAAAAAAGCACUUAAAAAGCAACAGAAAGAGAUACAGAAAGCGGCAAAAAAGGCAGAAAAAAAAGGCCAGCCUCAUUCUCAACAAGAAUCUACAAGUGAAACUGAAGAUGUAUCUCUGGGAAAGUACGGAGAGAUGAAUAUGAUUCAAAGUGAUGAAAAAUUUGAGGACCGAAAGUUUACAGCGAUCAAAGAUCUGAAUAAAAAUUUAGAGAAUCAAACGGUUUGGUUGAGAGGUCGCUUACACACUAGUCGUGCGAAAGGCAAGCAAUGCUUUAUUGUGUUGAGACAACAAUCGUAUACUGUACAGGGAUUAGCUGCAGUGACUGAAGCAGUCAGCAAACAAAUGAUUAAAUUUAUAUCCAACAUUACAAAAGAGUCUAUAAUUGAUGUCAUGGCUGUGGUGAUGCCUGUGCCCUCAAAAAUCGAAUCGUGUUCGCAAAAAGAUAUUGAACUUCAUCUGAAAGAAAUAUUUGUGGUAAGUUCUGCGAAGCCACAACUUCCUUUGCAAAUAGAAGACGCCGCGAGAUCUGUCUGCGAGGCGGAUGAAACGGCGCUGACGGUGCGAGUGAAUCAGGACACCAGACUGGAUAAUAGAGUUUUGGAUCUACGUACACCGGCUAAUCAAGCAAUUUUCAGGGUUGAAGCUGGUGUUUGUAAACUCUUUAGAGAUAUUCUGACAAGGAAGGGCUUUGUCGAGAUUCACACUCCUAAAAUUAUUUCCGCAGCCAGUGAGGGUGGGGCGAAUGUCUUUACGGUAUCUUAUUUCAAAGGCAAUGCUUACCUAGCUCAGUCGCCACAAUUGUACAAGCAGAUGGCAAUUGCCGCAGAUUUUGAUAAAGUUUUCACUGUUGGAGCAGUUUUCAGAGCAGAAGAUUCCAAUACGCAUAGACAUUUGACAGAAUUUGUAGGCCUUGACCUGGAGAUGGCCUUCAAGUAUCAUUAUCACGAAGUGAUAGACACUAUUGGACAGAUGUUCACCGAGCUGUUCAAAGGCUUACGCGAUAUUUACGCGGAUGAUAUCGCGGCAGUCAGUCAGCAAUAUCCAGUAGAGCCUUUCAAAUUUCUCGAACCGGCAUUGAAGCUGGAGUAUCCCCAGGCGAUCGAAUUGUUGGCAGAAGCGGGCGUGACUCUAGGGGAAGAGGAUGAUCUGUCGACACCAGAUGAAAAACUCUUGGGAAAACUUGUUAAAAGCAAAUACGAUACAGACUUUUACAUUUUGGAUAAGUAUCCUCUUGCCGUAAGACCUUUCUACACCAUGCCGGAUCCAAAUAAUCCUAAAGUAUCCAAUUCGUACGACAUGUUUAUGCGAGGGGAGGAAAUUAUAUCUGGCGCGCAACGUAUUCACGAUCCGGAUUUUCUCACUGAGCGCGCUAAGCAUCAUGGAAUCGACAUUGAAAAAAUCAAGUCGUACAUUGACGCCUUCAGGUACGGCUGCCCGCCACAUGCUGGUGGUGGCAUAGGUAUGGAGCGGGUGGUGAUGCUUUAUCUCGGCCUAGAUAACAUUCGCAAGGUGUCCAUGUUUCCGCGCGAUCCCAAACGGCUCACUCCUUGAGGAUUGAUAACUCAAUUUUAAAUAUCGCUGUAUACUGAGAGUAAAAUGUUUUACCUUGAAUACAUACAUUUAAUAGCGUA